AUGACACUGGUCAAGAAACUUGAGUUUCCUGAUAACAAGUCCGACCUUUACUUCCUCGGCUUCGAUGCUCCAGGAGCAGCUUCCCACGGGAAGAGCACCUUUGAUCGCCAAGGAUUGGUUGAACUAACGCAUAAUUACGGCACCGAAAACGAUCCUGAAUACAAGGUUAACAAUGGCAAUAUGGAACUCCACAAUGGGUUCUCUUACAUCUGUCCCAGUGUGGACUCUCUAGAGGCAGCUUGCCAGCGCUUGGAGGAUGAAGGUUACAAGUUUCAGCCUAGGCUAGCCGAUGUAUCCACGGACUUCGCCACUGUGAUGAUCCAGAUGGCUCACCACGACUGGCCAGGCCGCAACUGA